AUGAAGUUUAAACUUAAAGCUCUGGCCCUUACAAUAGGGCUGGCCACCAUCGCUUUUACAAAUGUUUCUGAAGCAGCAACUGCUGCAGAUUAUUAUGUGAGAUCACUACCUGGUCUUCCGGAUCAUGUAAAUUUGAAGUCACAUGCUGGACACAUAACAAUAGAUGAACUAGAAGAAUCUAAUAUAUUCUUUUGGUUAAUGCAUAAUCGGCAUAUUGCUAAUAAACCUAAAUUAAUUAUUUGGCUCAAUGGAGGUCCCGGUUGUAUGGAUGGUGUAUUUCUUGAGACUGGUCCUUUUAGGGUUAAUGAAGAUCAAACGUUGAAACCUUUAAAUGGAGCAUGGAAUGAGUUUGCUAAUGUGUUGUAUGUUGAUCAGCCUGUAGGAACAGGAUUUAGUUUCACAAAUCACGGCUCUUAUGUGAAGAACAUGACUCAAGUCCCGCAACAAUUCUUAUCGUUUCUUGAUAGAUUUUUUGAAGUUUUUCCAGAAUAUUCUCAAGAUGAUAUGUAUUUGGCCGGAGAGAGCUUUGCUGGGACAUUCAUACCAUACAUAGCAAAUGGAAUAUUGAAACGUAAUAAUGAAAGGAAAACACCUGAUUAUCAAAAGUAUAAUUUACGAGGAAUAGCGAUCGGAAAUGGAUGGAUUGAUCCUAAUUCACAAAAUCUUGCGGAGUCACAAUUAAAAGUAUGUAACGAUGCUUUAAAAGGAUCAUCUAAUAUAAAGUCCGAUGUAUGUGAGGAAAUUCUUGCUAUAAUUUUGCAGAACUCGCGGAAACGUGUUGGGAAAGUUGAGACGUGUAUAAAUCAAUACGAUAUCCGAGAUCAUUCUGAUUCAUAUCCUUCUUGUGGGCUUAAGUGGCCUUACGAACUAGCAACUGUCUAUAAAUAUUUGCGUAGACCUGACGUUGUUAAAUCUCUUCACGCAACUAAGAGAAAAGACUUAUGGGUAGAAUGUAGUUCUACAGUUGGCAUGGGAUUCGAUGGUGAUAAAAGCCCACCUUCUAUAACUGUAUACCAAGAUAUAAUUUGCAAUUAUAUGGGCACUGAGGCAUUAAUAGGUAACUUAGAAUGGAAUGGUUACAAAGGAUUUCAGAAUAAUACAAAAUUACUUUGGUAUGUUAAUGAUACUCUUGCUGGGAAUAUUGUCACAGAAAGAAAUCUUACAUACGUUAAAGUAUUUAACGCAAGUCAUAUGGUACCAUAUGAUGUUCCUCUUGUAACUAUGGAUAUGAUGUAUAGAUUUAUGGGAUUGGAUCAUCAUAUAGAAAAAUUUCCAUCAAGGAUUGAGUCAGAAGAACUCAAUAACGAUAAACAGCAUGAUUCAGAUUCUGGAAAUGAACAAGAAAUUUGGAAUCGUUAUUAUGAUGCUGGUACUACAACACUUAUAAUAGUAAUUAUUGGUGUAAUUGGAUUGGCUGUAUUCAUAUUUCGAGGAAAAAUUAUGAAGAAAUUCCGGCAUACUAAAGUAGAUACCGAAGUGGAACAAUUUAUUGAUUCAGAUGGUGAUGGCGAUAGCGAUACCGAAGAUAAUCAUAAAUCAGAUGAUAAUAAGAGAACUAAUAAAAUAUAUAAAGAUGAAGAACAGCUAAAUUAUUGA